AUGGUUGUUGCAAAGGACAGUCAAUUAGUUUAUGAUACUGAACCAGGUGAAGUAAAUAAUUUAGAAUCAGCUAAAUGGAAGUCUCGAACAAUGGCAUGGCUUUGGCAAGCGUUUACAGAUGAUCAAAUUUAUAAGAGAAAUAGUAACUCUGGUCAUCGUUGCUUUAGAUUGGACGAAACUGAACUUAUAAAUGGAGAAUAUUAUCCAAAAAUCCAUGUAUUACAAACCGAUAUGACUACAGCACAAAUUCAAGCCGAGAAAUCAGAUUUAUUUGGCAUGUGUAAAAAUGUUGUUCUAAACAAUCCAACAAAGUUUAUUAAGCCACAAAAUUUACCAUUACAGUUUACAUGCUUGUUCCUUGAUUCACAUUACAUACCAAAUGAAGACAGAGUUGCUGGUCACGCUGCUUUAGGCUCGGGUUGGAAUAGUGAUUAUAAUUGGGGCAUAUUUGGAUCACACUUGCUUUACUCUCAUCCGCAAAAUUUAACAGAAAUGAAGAAUAAAUUCAAUGAUAUACGUCCCGUCAAUAAAAAAUAUACUUCAAACGACGGAGGUGAUUAUAGAGCAAGAGUAUGCAAUGUAGGAAUUGGAGCAUUUUUACACGAACUUGGUCAUUCAUUUGGUUUAUAUCACAACUAUGGUGUUAUGCACAGAGGAUUUGACAAUUUUAAUCGUGCCUUUUAUUCAGUCGAACUAUCGACAAAUAAUGUAUGGACCUCGCUUAGAACAAAUGUUGAUGAUCAAUAUGCAAGUUGGAGUAAAGUAGAUGCAGAAAUAAUGUUACCACAUCAUUUAUUUCGAUUAAAAAAUGAUCCAAUCAUUGAUAUGGUGGAUAAAAAUAUACAAUUAUUUACAACAUCUUCAAAUAGUUUUAUUCUUUAUGCAAAUGUAGUGAUUCUCAAAAAUGGUAGAAUGGUAGAAUUAGGAAAAAUAUUUAGUGAAGUAAAUAAUGGACUUAUUACAGCUGAUGUAUUUAAAACACAAAGAUUCGGCCCAGUCUAUGAGAAUCAAGUUGAGUUUAAUGUUGAUUUCACCGUAAAUAAUAACGCUAGACUUCUAACAAUAGGUGUUUAUUAUGAUAAUUACGUUCAUGGUUUGGAAUUUACCUAUACAGACAAUACUGUUCGCUUUUUUGGAUAUAAAAUUGGAAAUAAAGGUUCAUUCAGUUUGGUCAAUAAGGAACUAAGAGUUUUAAGAGUACAGUCUGGCGCUUGGAUUGACGCAUUACAAUUCUGCUUUUCAGCAACUGACUGUACACAACAAUUUGGUGGUACGAUAAGCGGUCAAUGGUCAGCUGAAUUCAAUUUAGAUAUUAUAGGCAGCUCACAGUUUUAUAAGGUGUCGGGAUUAAAUGGAGCAUUCAUUGAGAAAUAUAAUCCAGAUUGGACUGUUAAUACAAUGAGUUCAAUUACAGUAUUAUACAAGAAAGUCUGA